AUGAUGUUUAAUUUUAGUGACUACUUGUUUAAGAUUUUGUUGAUAGGCGAUUCUGGUGUUGGAAAGUCUUGUUUGUUAUUACGAUUUGCUGAUGGCAAUUAUACGGAUAGUUAUAUCUCUACGAUAGGAGUAGAUUUUAAGAUUAAGACGAUAAUGUUGGAAGAUAAAAAAGUGAAGUUACAAAUUUGGGAUACGGCGGGUCAAGAACGAUUCAGAACCAUCACAUCGUCUUAUUAUCGAGGGGCCCAAGGAAUCAUAGUAGUAUUUGAUGUGACGGAUCGUGAUUCGUAUGAUCAUGUUCGUCAAUGGAUGCAUGAAAUCGAACGAUAUGCCGGUGAAGAGGUGAAUACUCUUCUGGUUGGUAAUAAACGAGACCUUACAAGUGAACGUGCCGUCACUUAUUCCGAAGGCGAAGAUCUUGCCGCUAGUUAUGGUAUACGCUAUGUUGAAACUUCAGCUCGUGAAUGUACUAACGUCGAAUCAGCCUUUACCAUCAUGGCCGCAGAAAUCAAAAGCAGAUUUCAAGUUGCAGCAACAACCAGCCAACCCAGGAACAACCCAAUUGCGCUAUCAGCGGCAGGCAAACCCGUCAAAGAAAACAAGUAA